GUUCGACGCCUCGGUAAGUCAGUAUGAUGCCUAUGGCCGGCCCAAGUCGCCAUAUCCUGGAAAUCCAGCGAUGCUGUUGCACGACGGAUACCGACAGCAGGCGGUGAACAGCACCUUAGCAUGCCAAAGUGGCGGCUGCAACGCUACGGCGGAGUUGAGCUUCAGCCAGGAGGGUGAUCUCCAAAACUGCAAGCUCAGUGUAAAGGUGAAACCGACGGACUUCGGCGUGAACAAGGUUGUAGAAUUCAUCACCGUGAACGAUCACACGGUGAGUCUCAACUGUCAACCACCUUCCAGCGAUUGUAGCGAGGCCGACAAGCUCACCUCACUCUUCGACUGUGUCUUCGAAAUCGAUGUUCAGCAUUUGCUGAGCAACCGAUCUUUGCAGCUUUCAGCCAAGAUCUCCGACGGGGUGAACAAAAGUGAUUGUGCGUACAAGGGCAAUCUGCUGUACGCAGUGCCGCAGGUGACUUGCCUUGUGGGCCCUGUGCCCGGUGUAGCCAUGAACAUCAGUGACGUGCUUGCGCGGCCCGUUGCCACACCAAUCAAAUUGAAUCAGAAGCUGAAGUCCAGAAAGGCUGCGUCGCGGCAUUUGCGUGUCAAACAGCAGUAGAAGAGGGGUGCAAACUUAGAGUGACGGCUGAUGAAAUGAUUCAGUUUGCAUCAGCAGAUUUGACGCUCAC